AUGGCUUCCACCAAGCAUGAGUUCCUCUGCAUCCUGCCCGAUAAGCCGGAUGCUCUGGCUAAGAGGCUGGAGGUGCGCGCCUCCCACCUGGAGGGCGUCAAGCCCCUGGUUGCGGAUGGGGUGAUCACGAUGGGAGGGGCUAUGCUGGAGUCUCAUUCUACCGAGGGCACGCCCUCGUUCAAGGGGAGUGCGAUGUUGCUGAUGGCCGAGAGCGAGGAGCAGGCGAGGGAGCUCCUGAGCAAGGAUAUCUAUGUUCGGAGUGGGGUGUGGGAUAUGGAAAAGGCGCAGAUUAUUCCGUUCAAAUCUGCUGUUCGGACGGCACUGUGA